AUGGAGCCCAUCACUCUGGAACCCUGGGGAAUAUUUUGGUCCAGGGGGAAUAGAGUUUCCGCAAAACACAACAGCUCAGGCACCGCUGGAAAGACUGGUCGCUGUGGAGAGGGAGCCCAUGGUCAAAACGAGCGGCCGAUGCUCCAACUCUUGCCCCAUCGGGACAGGGAACUCCGUUGUCGUCAAACUCCCUUCAACACAUCCCUUCCUUGUCUACUGGCACAACUCAUAGCCGACUUUGUCUUCUUGCCUUCCUUUUCCCUUCCACUGUCCCGCCCGAUGAUACCCAAGAGGCCAAGCGAGAUUAGUUCGUGA